UCAAAAAGACUUUUAAUAAAUGAUCCAAACAAAUAUUAUUUGUUUAAACGUGAAAAUAGAAGUAUUAUAGUUCACGAUAAUACUAAAAAAUACGAAAUUUUACCUUUAUAUGCUGAAGUUAGUUUAGGAGAAAACUUUGCAACUAGUGGUUACUUGAAUAUUAAAGUUAAUAGAUGUGAAUCUGAAUAUGAAGAUAGAACAUAG